GUCGGCCGGGGCCGGGGAGCUGGGAGCAGCCCGGCCCGGCCCAGCCCUCCUCGGCCAGACCAGAGUGAGGGGCCAGAAGAUAGAGGAGGGCGGACCUGUCCGGCCUCCCCGCCAGGCAGGAGGGAAGGACCUGAGCUGGGCCACUGCCCAGGCCGGGAGGCGGCUCGGCCCCCCUGCCCCGGCCACCCUCGAGGAUCAUCCAUGGAAUCCCCCCAAGGAGACCCCCCGAGGAAAGAGUCCUCGGCCGAGGGCUUCGCCAGGGGCUGCUGGGCCGCCUUCUGGGACUACGAGACCCCCAAGGUGAUCGUGGUGAAGAACAGGAAUCUGGGCCUCAUCUACCGGACCGUGCAGCUCCUCAUCCUCCUCUACUUCAUCUGGUACGUGUUCCUCGUUCAGAAGGGCUACCAGGACCGAGAGACGGGGCCCGAGAGCUCCGUCAUCACCAAGGUCAAGGGCAUCACCAAGUCCCCGGAUAAAGUGUGGGAUGUGGAGGAGUACGUCAAACCCCCUGAGGGGGGCAGCGUGUUCAGUAUCAUCACUCGGAUGGAAGUCACCAGAUCGCAGACCCUGGGGACCUGCCCCGAGAGCGUGAAGGCCCGCAAUGCCACCUGCCGCUCAGAUGCCGACUGCGUCGCUGGAGAGAUGGACAUGCUGGGGAAUGGCCAGAGGACGGGACGCUGUGUUCCCUAUUACCAUGGGACGGAGAAGACCUGCGAGGUCUCAGCCUGGUGCCCCGUGGAAGACGGAGCGGCUGUCAGCGAGUUCCUCGGGAAGAUGGCCCCCAAUUUCACCAUUCUGAUCAAGAACAACAUCCACUAUCCCAAAUUCAGAUUCUCCAAAGGGAACAUCAGGAACAACCAGAAUGGCUACCUGAAGCGCUGUCUCUACGAUGCCAUCUUAGACCUUUACUGCCCCAUUUUCAAGCUGGGCUUCAUCGUGGAGCAGGCUGGAGAGAACUUCACUGAACUGGCAGAGAAGGGUGGGGUCAUUGGAGUAAUUAUCAACUGGAACUGUGACCUGGACCUGUCCGAGUCUGAGUGCAAUCCCAAAUAUUCCUUCCGGCGGCUGGACCCCAAGCACAUCCAGGCGUCGUCCGGGUAUAAUUACAGGUUUGCCAAGUAUUAUAUCCACAACGGGGUGGCCUCGCGCACCCUCAUCAAAGCCUACGGGAUCCGCAUCGACGUCAUCGUACACGGACAGGCAGGGAAAUUCAGCCUGAUCCCCACCAUCAUUAACCUGGCCACAGCGUUGACCUCCAUCGGGGUGGGCUCCUUCCUCUGUGACUGGAUCUUGCUGACCUUCAUGAACAAGAACAAGAUCUACAGCCACAGGAAAUUCGACAAGAUGGUGGAAAGUCCAGACCCGGGCCCCAGGCCAGGCCCCUGCUCUCAGGACUCCUCACCAAUGGAUCCUAAAGGCCUGGCCCAGCUCUAAAGCUCUCUGCGUCCAGCCCCCACACUCUUGCCUUCUUCCAUCCAGCUAGGCUAGAGACUUGGGGGAGGGGGCCGAGGGGAGUUGACAGGUGGGUUGAGGCUGGGGUUCUGAACGUCUGGACUUCGACAACAUGCAAGCCCUUCCCUGGUUCCCACCGGGUUGGACUCCCAACUCCCCAACAUCCGGGGCUGGUCUGUCACCUGAAGUCACUAGCAGGGGAAGGAAGCAGGCCUGGGAAAGGGCCUGUCGAUGGCCAACGAGUGAGGAAAAUGGGGCUGGGAGGGGAAGGGGUCUUCACCGGAACCUCCUCGGGAGAGACCAUGCUCAAGCUCUUCCACUAGGGCCACCCGGGCUGUCUCACUCUACUGCUUCACCCCUCCCCUGCUCCUACCUCCCAGCCUGCACUCCCCUCUCCUCUGUCCAGCCCUCCCUGAUUCGACAUCCCUGCCCCCCAUCUGCUCGCUUCGCCCUGCUCUCUCACCCCCACCCAGCCCUCUCGCUGCAGGGUGGGGGAGACCAGGGGAACCAACCCUGAGAACUCCCCCCUUUUUUAGAGCUGAGCAGGUUACUAGGGGAGUGAAGAGACCAGGUCUUUCCCCUCAUCCCUGGCUUCAUCAACCUGCUGAUGGGACCCAGUGCCUCUCGUGGAGGUGGGCCUGGCCCGGAUCCCCAGAGCUGAGGAAUCGUGCUCCCCCCAACCGCCCCCCCCAGCCAGCCCCCUCCUCUCAGGGGCUGCCCUCGAAGCCCAUGUAGCCAAAGUGGGAUGAAUCCUGAGCAGAACACAAAUAAACUGGAUCACCUGGG